AUGGCAACACAGCAAAUGGCUACUAUGUAUGCGCAGCAAAUGAAUAUGAUGGCGCAACAAUUUGCAAGUGCAUUUCCAAAUGCGAACUCAUUUCCAAUGGAAUCAAAUUCCGAGGAUGAAAAUGAUGAAUAUGUAGAAAAAGAUGUUGAGGAUGAAGAUAUUAAUAAAAAUUGUGCGCAAUCACAGCAAAAGAAAACUCCAAGAAGACAAGUUAAAUCUUCACAAUCAGCUUCUUCCUCUACAUCAUACCCAAAAUUUACAUGUCAUUGGCCACACUGUGGUAAUGAUAAAGCAGGAAAUUCAUACUACUGUGAACUUCACAAAUGUGCGUUAUGCAAAGAAAAGAGAACAACAGAUAGUAGUUAUUGUAAAAACCAUAAAUGCCAUCUUUGCAAUAAAUGUCGAACUGCUGACAGUAGGUUUUGCACUGAUCAUAAAUGUCUUCUUUGUAAGAAUCAAAGAAUUACCCUUUCAAAUUAUUGUCGUGAUCAUAAGUGCGAUAUGUGCAAAGAACAGAGAGUUCCAGGAUCACAUUUUUGUUAUGCACACAAAUGCCAAUAUUGCAACCAUAGAGUUUGGAAAGUUGGAGCUAAUUGUUGCGCGAAACAUCAUAAGUAA